UCAUAAUUAAUGGCAACAGUGUAAAGAGUUCGGUAUCAAUUAAUUAAAGAGUGCUCUUUGUGAGUAUUUCUAGUAUCAAUACAUCAUCAUUCUUCAUCACUUCAAAAGAUUAUUUACUUUUCAUUGCAUUUGAGGAGUUGAUAGGAACCGAGUAAUAAAUACGGCUAGAGUUGUGAGGAGAAAAUAUUUGUUUUUGUAAAAAAAAACUAAAUUCCAGCCGUUUUGUACACGGAGAGAAAUGUUCAACAACAAUAUUGUAUUUUGUCAAUAAUUGUAGAAGAAAAGGAGGCUGCAGGAAAUUUUACGGAACUAUUGGAAGAUUUUUCCAACGUCUUCUAUACUUUUUAUUGAUUAUUUAUCUGCGUAGCAGUACAAUUAUUUUUAAAUAGUAGAUUUCAUGCUGAGAGGAGAAUAUUGGGAGAAGGGAGAGGUUGUCAACCAUGCACAAAUCGCACAACAGGGCCAAGCUUGGUUGACUCUAAACUGCCAAGCCUGGGAUUUCCUCGCAUAUACAUUCAUUCAACCGAUGGUGAUGCCAUUCUAAGGCCAACGUUAUUUUGGUAGGUUACCCCGAAUCCCGGUAAUGAGCCUAGUUCAUAGGCGGGUUCAAGUUUAUUGCCAGGCCUGGCUUCAGCCGGUGGCCAUACCAAUGAAGUCAUGAAAUUAUGGAAAAUUGGUUAGAGUCGAUUAUGUCCUAGCCUUCGCCUCGGCUCUCUUGGCUUGUCUGAUCUAGUUUAUCACUCUGUUGUGAAUUGUGCUACGACUGUUCCUAAAGAUAUUAAAACACGUAGUUGAAUAAUUUUCGAGAUUUACAGGUAAAUCAAUUUUGAUCUAAGUGGAUUAUCUCAUGAAUUAAUUUUUCGAUUCAGUCGUUAUUCAAUAUCGAACAUUUGAUUGUCAAGAGAAUAUUUUACGCCGAAUUCCAAAGUGGUGAAUUAAUUUAUCGCAACAUUACUCCGCUAACAAACUUUUUUUUGGCAAAAUAAAAAAAUUGGAAUGCCUUGAAAACUCAAGCAGAAUAAGUGUACUUAUUUUGAUUGAGUGAAGUAGAGUACAUCGAGUUGAAUAUUUUGAGAGGUGAAAAAUUGAAAUCGAUUCCACAAUUCUCGAGAUAUUUGCGAAAACCGGUUCAGAACGAAACGCAAAUUUAUCCAAAAAACGGCUGGAUCAAUUGAGUUGAAUUUCCGCACAGACUUAGCCCUUAUUAAUAUUUGUGAUUGACGAAAUUUGACCUUUCUUGGAAUAACGUUAGUCGUUUAUUCUUUUAAUUUUCAAAAAAAAAAAAAAAAAUAGACAAAGUUGAGCAUGCUCACACAUGGAGAGAAGAAUAUGAGAAUUUUUAGAGUGCGAUUCCGGUAAAAAUUACUGAACCGUCUUAUACUCUCGGCGCACACUGCAGAUCUGAGGAAAAUUACCACGCCUAGAAAGUAAAAAAAAUGAAGGAAGGUCGAAUAAAAUGAACUGACCUAUAUAGGAAUGUUUAAAAGAUUUCUCAUCAAUUUCAAAGUUGGAAACUGCGACACGUUAUGCUGAGUAUUGAAAUCGAUAGUCAUUUAUUUUGGUUGAAAAUUCAUUCAAAUUAAAUCUGAAAAAAUGUUCAUUUGCAUUCGUCAAUCUUAAAAUUUACUUAGACACAAGUCCGCCGCAAAAUCAAUAAUUUCCUAUAGGUCGAAAAUAAAGUUAUUCAUCAUGGAAAAAAAAUGAUAAAGUAUGAGACUUAAUAAAAAGUGAGACUAUUUACAUUGGUUAUGAUCAUAUGUCGCAACUCGAGCUAAAUCAAACGCCAUCUGAGGAACUGACGUUAGGAGCACGUGGAUAUAAGAUACUGCGGAAAUUGGGAGAGGGGUCUUUUGCCAAGGUAACUCAUCAAUAAACUACUUUGAGAACAAAUAGUCAUAUUUUAAACCUAUCUCCUUGAAAUAAAUAAUUAUUCGUCUAUGGUUUAAUUAAAAUAUUCUUGUACUGUAAUACGUUUCUUUCCAAUCCAUAUCGAUAUUGGUCAAAAUUGCUUGUGGAUGAUAUUGCCUAAUGUUUGGAUGUAUGACAUUGGAAAUGGGUUAUAAGAAAUAAGAACAAUUCAAUAAGUGUUUUUAGCUGAAUACACUCCAAAUAAUGAACCCGAGCAAUGUAACCCCCUGGCCUGUAAAAUCGUGGACACAUCAAAGGCACCCAAGGACUUUGUUAAAAAAUUUCUUCCCCGAGAAUUAGACAUUUUAGCAAAACUGAACCACCCCCAUGUGGUUCAUGUACACAGCAUUUUCCAAAGACGAUCCAGGUACUUUAUCUUCAUGAGGUUCGCUGAGAACGGUGAUCUUCUUGAUUUCACGUUGAAGAAUGGAGCUGUAGACGAAGGUCAAGCACGAGUUUGGUUUAGACAAUUAUCUUUAGGCCUCCAGUAUCUCCACGAAAUGGAAAUAGUUCAUCGUGACAUAAAAUGUGAAAAUGUCCUCCUGACAGCCAAUAAUAAUGUCAAAUUAACGGAUUUUGGUUUUGCCCGAUAUAUCAUCGAUUCAAGAGGCAAAAGGGUUAUGAGUGAUACAUUCUGUGGUUCCCUCAUGUAUGCUGCACCAGAAAUCUUGCGCGGUGCACCGUACAAUCCAAAAGUGGCGGACAUGUGGUCUCUCGGGGUCAUUCUCUACAUAAUCCUCAAUAAAGCCAUGCCAUUCGAUGAACCGAAUAUCAAAAAGUUAUACGAAAUUCAGACAAAUCGCAGAUGGAAGUUUCGGAAGAAAGUUGCUGACACCCUCAGUGAACAAGUGAAAAAAUUAGUGACAAAUCUUUUGGAGCCAGAAUUAGCAAAACGUUGGACUGCGGAUCAGAUUAUUCACGACAAAUGGAUUGCCAUGGAUCCGAGAUUAGUUGUCAUGACACCUGCGGAACAAGCAGCUCUUCACAAUGCUAUUGAGGACCGAAAGAAGACUGAAGAGAAAUUCAGAAAGCAAUCGUUGCAUAGGGGCGACCAUUAUCAGCAAAACGCAGAAUCCGUAAGUGAGGGGCCCAAGUUUGAAGAAAUCACUGUACUCAGAGAUUCCGGAAAAAAAGUAAUUUAUACACGUGUCAGUGAGAAAGUUAACGGGUUACUGUCUGUUCGAUCUCCUCUCUUGAGUUCUGUUUUCUUUCAUUUACAGACGCUUAGCGCUUCCGCCAUCGACACUAGUCUUCCGCGAACGUCCAGCAUGACUCAUCCGGGUAGUAUCACUUGAUAACUGAGAAUAUUUUAGUAGUGAAUUGGUAAAUUAGAAUGAAUGCAUUCUUUUAUAAAUCUUGUUGUUUUGUUUGCAUCACUUCUCAAUUUCUUAUGAAAGCGACUGAGCAAAUUGUUUUUAUGGAAAAAAAAGGCUUAUGGAAUGUAGGUUACAGGUAUUAUUAACAUACGUAAAUGUAAAAAACACAAAUUCGACAUAGGCAAAUUUGACACACACUUUCAACACAAUUUUGAAAAAAAGGAUAAUUCUUUGUGUUUGCAAGUCAAUUUCAUCACAAUUUAAAAGUACGGGUAAAGUACAAAGAAACGAAAAAAAAAUGAUUUUAAUUAUGAGAAUUGAACUUUUAUAACAAUUGGUGCACGACGCCAAGCCUCACUCUGAACUCUAGUGAGUUAUGCAUUGUUUUCGUACAUUUUCCUCGGAAAAGUAUAUCGAAUACUUUUACAAGUAAUUUCUUGGAGUAGAUAAUAGUGAAUGGAAGUAAAUGAAUUUAUAUUAGUUUAAGAUAUUAUUUCUUUGAUUGUCGUGCGCUUUUUCCUCAAAAUAAUGUGUCCAAUAUUUGACAAUAAAAAUCACGGAAAUUUUCUGAAUUACGUCUUACACAUUCUUAGGGUCAGAAUAUUCAUCUAGAAUAUCGUAACAUCGCAUCAGUCUAACAUUUCUGCGCCGACAGUAAAAAUGUAUUUUGAUAUAAAGUUUAAUUUUUUCAGUCUAUUAUUAUAAUAUGCGCAGAACAUUUUGAUUGUAUUCAACGGAAUAAAUGGUAUUUUUUUUCACGAAUAUUAUUCCAGUUAGAUUGACUAUUCCUAAAGUGAUCCUCUUCAAGACAGAAAAUGUGGGCUUUCUGGUGAUCCCUGGGAGUACAUAUUUUUCUUAUAAUAUACGAAUCAUUUUUGCAGCUAUCUGUGGCGCAUCGAUAGGGACUCUAUAGAAGAUCGA